AUAAUAGAAAAUUAAGAAAAUUUUAAUUUCAAAAGGAAGAAACAAUAUGAGGGCCUACAUAUAAACUUAUCAUUCCUUGAUGGCCACAGUUGAUGUUUAGUCUCUACACAGUUCUAAUCUUUUUAUCUUAAACAUGUACAACUUUAAAAAUUAAAUAUAUAUUAUACAGAUGAAGACACACAGCUGUUUUCCAGUUAGAGGAUUUUGGUUUGUUUUCUGCUAACUCUUGGUGCCUCAGAGUGCUUCUGAAACUCAUGAUUCUCAUGAGCACAGAUGGAGCCCAGCCUCCACCUCAGCACUUUCUAUAGGCAAACACUGCGAACUGCUGGGUCCGUAAAGUAUUUCUAGAGAGCAGCAUAGGAUGCGAUGCACGCCCUUUGUCUCCAAGGUCAUAAUGGCUCUGCUGACUUUAAUUUCUUUCACUGGAGUUAGGGUGGACAACUCGAAAAUGCCAGAGAGAAUGUGAGCCCCCACCCCAUGAUCCCAAAUGAAAAAGCAGGAGAACACAGAACUCCCCUCAGCGUUACCCCAGCGGCCCCCUUUUGUGUUGUUCUUGCCAACACAGCAGCCACCCUGCUGUAUAUAUAUCAGCUGCCACUCCUGUCCCCCUCACACUCAACGCUGGUCAUUUGCUGUCAACGACGAUGGGAAAGAUCACCUUCUACGAGGACCGCGGCUUCCAGGGCCGCUGCUAUGAGUGCAGCACCGACUGCCCCAACCUGCAGACCUACUUCAGCCGCUGCAACUCCAUCCGAGUGGACAGUGGCUGCUGGAUGCUCUAUGAGCGCCCCAACUACCAGGGCCACCAGUACUUCCUGAGGCGCGGGGACUACCCUGACUAUCAGCAGUGGAUGGGCCUCAGCGACUCCGUCUGCUCCUGCCGCUCCCUUCCCUAUACCAGCUCUCACAGGAUAAGGCUGUACGAGAGAGAUGACUACCGGGGCCUUGUGUCUGAGCUCACGGAAGACUGCUCCUGCAUCCAUGAUCGCUUCCGCCUCAGUGAGAUCUACUCUCUGAACGUGCUGGAAGGCUGCUGGGUCCUCUACGAGAUGCCCAACUACCGGGGGCGGCAGUACCUGCUGAGACCUGGAGAUUACAGGCGCUACCAUGACUGGGGGGCCAUGGAUGCCAGGGUGGGCUCUCUGAGACGGGUCAUGGAUUUGUACUAAGCCUCAUAUUGCUUGAUACAAUCCACACACAUGCAAUAAAUAUAUAACUGUGUCCAUGGCACAAAGUGGCUCUUGUUGAUCUUUCAUAUC